CCCUCCCUCCUCAUACCAAGUCCCACGUUUCUUCCGCGAGUUCGACUUUACUGCCCCGCGCUGUUGAUACUCCGACGAGCGCUCCGGGCUCGCAGUUUUUCUCAGUUAAUACCCGCGAGCUGCUGCAGGUUUGCGCGGCGUUUUGUCCAGCGCGCUACUGCUGAUCGACGUUACAGGCGUUUCUUAAUCUCGACGUGGUGUGUGCGGGUGGCGCGAAAAGUUCAAUAUAGAGCCCGUUCGAAUAAUCCCGGGCGGCCGGCUCCAUUUAAAGGGAAAGGAACGAACCAAGAAAAAAAGAGAACUGACAAAAAUCAAAAUACUACAUAUAUAAUCGCUAUUCGCUAUUAGAAUUGUCGAAACAGUUGUAUAAUGAUCGUUAUACAGUUAAGCUAAGCAUUACUACAGUCCACCUACGGUCCUCGUCUCGUACGGUAUUCGUUACACUAACUGCGGGGAUGAAAGGAGAUCCCUGAUGUCCGGAGUGCCGAGUUAGCGCAAAUACACACUUUGCGACCGGGGAUCAACUGCUCCAGAAACCGCGAAGACGGACUUGAUCAUCAUCAUCGUCGUCGUCGACCUUAGCUCGACAGCAGCAAAGUUCUAGAGUUCAAAGAUGCGUCCGUGGUUGAGAGAAGACGGAUGCGUUAAGAAGACGAUUGAGAAGGGCUCCCUCGAAGGGAUCCCUCAAGAGUGCAUCAGCCUCCCUGGACCCCGUUACCAGAGUAAAUACAAUUAAAAUCUAGGACGCAAGUGAAGAGGAGAGACAUUGACAAACACCCGAAAGCAGAGGCCUAAAUAAUACAAAAUUAUUCCAGCACGAUGCCUGCCUUGAUACCCGGAAACCGAGUGCUCGUCCAGGUGCUGAUCUGCGUUCUAUUGACGGUCUCGAGAAUCGCUUCGGAGGACUCGCGCUCCUCGGGAGUGAUAAUAGAAAACGAAUGGAAGUGCCCCAACAUAACUAAGCACCCGUCUGUAGAGUGUUCCUGUGAUUUUCCUCACACCCUGAGAUGCACCGGCGACAAAAAUGCUCUGCAGGUGAUCGGCAGACGACUGCGCCUUUUCCCAGCCGGGACGAUUUCUCUUCUGGACAUAACGGUGUCAGAGAUUUCGGUACUUCCGGCCCGAUUCCUCGAUGGCGUACCUCUCCACGGUCUCGUUGUAUCCACCGGCGAACUUCGCCGUGUCAAUGACAACGCGUUCGUCGCCCUGGCACGGUCCAUUCAAGCUCUGGGCCUUCCCAACAACCUCUUCGAGGCCGUGCCGAGCCUCGCUCUGAGGCCCUUGAUCGGCCUUGAGAGGCUCGACCUCUCUCACAACAAACUGACCACUCUCGAGGCGGACUCUUUCGCGGGUUUGACGAAUCUGACCUAUCUCGACCUGAACGACAACCUACUGUCGCAAUUGUCACCCCAAGCAUUUCCCAGCUUUGGAUCUCUGCGAUCCCUCCGGAUGCGCGGCAAUCAACUGAGCGUCUCUGCACUCUCAGCCCUCAGGGGACUUCAAAACCUCGAGGAACUCGAUCUCUCCGGUAACCGACUAAUCGGCCCUGCCACGCCCAACCUGCUACCGCGGAUGCCCACGCUUCGAUUCCUCACUUUAUCAGGAAACGAACUCGUCAAGGUGCAACGCGGCGCGCUUCAAGGUUUACCAAAUCUCACCUGCCUCAGCCUUUCCAAUAAUCACAUCGACGUACUGGAGGACCACGCGUUCAGGAACUUGUCGACCUUGACAAAGCUGGAACUGGCUAACAACCGGAUAGUAGCAGUGUCAAGCGCGUCACUCGCGCAUUUGGAGAAGCUUACGAGCCUUGACCUGACCCACAACUUCCUCCGUUCCCUAACGGCGGACCUGAUCCUACCGCUGAAAAACCUGCAAGAGCUGCAUCUCGACGACAACGACAUCAGCAUGGUGGCUAGCGACGUAUUGACGCCUAAUCUAAGACUGAAGAGACUAUCGCUGGCCGAUAAUCCCCUGAACUGCGACUGCACUCUCCUUGACUUUGCGAGCUGGCUGACGAACUCGACGAGCUUAAGCGACGAGGACAGAGCCUCGGCUGUCUGCGCGACUCCCCCGGCCCUGGAGAACGGGAUCCUGGCCCAAGUAUCCCCGGGGAGUUUGCUAUGCGGGGAGCCGAUCCCCCCCUUCGCGACCCUGGCGCCAUCGAUCCCCCUGAUUCCCGAUACCCAGAUCACACUGGAGAACGUCUACUACCAGGAGUCGCGGACGAUAAACUUGGUCUGGAAGGUCGAGCCCUGUUCGAAACCGUACACCUGCGACAGGGUGAUCGUGAACGAGUGGACCGGCGACAGCGAGGUCCACCUCGCGACGCGGCCGCUUCGUUGCGAGUCCGCGGACAUGCUGGACCCCUGCACUCUGCCCGUCACGAUCCCGGCUAGUCUGAGCCUCGAGUUGGGUCACAGGUACCGCUACUGCGUCGCGGUGAUCCAAUCAGGGGACCGUGUCAUGCCUGUGCCAGGGUGCAGCGAUAUCCUCACCCUGGAGCGGAGCACUGCCUUGAAGUCACCGGCCCCCGGGGGGGCCAGGAUCGCCGGGAUGAAAACGAACGCCUCCGAUGACGGGUUCCUCUACGUCGACGUGAAUCUUGUCGGCGGAGGGCCGCGGGACUCGGCCGAUUGCGAUCUCAGUCUCGUCGUAUUUUCGGACGAGUCGGUCGUUCGUCAGCGGAAGCUAAACUGCACCAGGGGAUAUGCGACCAUCGCCGACCUUGCACAGGGUCCCUACAGAGUCUGUGCUACGUUAGCACAGGGUACGGAUCACACCGAGAUGCAGCUUGCCCCACGGACCCGGUGCGUCGACGUCACGGUUCGCGGCGUGCGGGAGUCAGCGCGCCUCGAAAUCGUCCUCUUCGCUGUAAUCGUCGUCGCCUGCGCUCUCCUCGUCGCCGCUCUCUGGGCCGGAAGGAGUCUUCUACACCGUACCAGGCCCACGCGGAUUCAGGGCCAGUGCUUCCUGCCUGCUGAGGAAUUCGAAAUUACGCACAGGGCCCGGUACGUUAAACUCCUCACCACCACCAAGGUCUGAACUCUGACUCCCGGGUGAUCGGUCGCAUCGACUCCGGCGCACUGGAAGAAUGCCCGAUGGAGGGCACUCAUUGUCAGGCUCUUGUUUAGGUAGUCGUAAUUCGAGAACUGCUGAUCGAAUGGUGUCUCGCUGGAGGUGAUCGCCUUUCAUUAUCAGAGUCAAGGAUUUCUUGGGCGGACCUUCGAUGGUACAGUCGGAAAAAAGUUUAAGCAAUAGAAAAAUUGCGAUAUGUGUGAAUUGCAAUCGGAAUUAAUCGAGAUGAAUUUGUUAAAAUAUGCGAUGGACCAUUUUAGUAGGAUUAAUCCAGUGGAAGUCUGUUUAGAGCACAUCGGCUAGCUAAACAUUUUUUAUAAUGUUGGAAAUACUAAAGCUGCGUUUUUUCGCAAAUCAAUUCUCCAAAAAACACUCGAACGCAUUUUUGGAUUUAUCUCCUUGCAAUGAAUACAAUAAUAUUGUAAAUAAAACCGUUGUAGGUUAUUCGUAAUAAAUUUAAAAAAAUAA